UUCGAUAACGCCUUACGAAUUUACCCAACCAAUACUAUAGUUAACGAACAUAACCUUCAUCAUUUAGAAGAGUUGCAAUCUCCAAUCUUCAUCAUCAAAUUUACCAAUAUCCUUCCUAACGCCAAAAACGUCAAAUAUACUAAUACUAGCAACCUACAUACCAAGUUCACUUAUAUUAAGGGUAAUAGAAUUAUACUUACGGAGAAUCUCUAG